AUGAAUUUCCUUACUAUUGGCUUUUGUUGCUUUAUUUUCUGUGUUUUACAACAAGAAAUCCAUGCAAUUGCUUGUUAUACUUGUGCUGCAGGAACAGAUGGAUGUGGUCCUUCAUUCAAAAGUAAUGGUAACGGGGUCUUACCAGUAUCAGUUUCCGCUAAUAUUUACUGCGGAAAAUCAGUAUAUUCUGCCAAUACUAAUGUUAUAACACGUACUACAGGUGCAACCUGUACUGCGGGCGCUGGUACAGAUGGUAAUAGUUAUCCUUAUACCGUAUAUUGUUGUACUACAGAUUUGUGCAAUACAGCUUCAAUGAGAAAGACGAGUAUCAUUUUUGCAUCGUUGAUGGCAAUGAUUGGUGUGUUACUUAUCAAAUGA